ACAGAGCAUUAAAGAGGUGGCUUUUUUUUGGCUAAUAAGUUCUGUAAUGAAGUGGAAGGGCUUUUAAAUUUGGGGAUACGGAGGAGCACACGAUCGUUGACGGAGAAAGAAGAAAGCUCUCAACUUUUUUUGUUUUAAAAUCUUUUUCAAGUCAAAUCCUUUUCUAACACCACCCAAUUCCGCGGCAAACACAACCUUAUAAUAAGGCUCCUCUUUAUUUCUGUCUUCUCCCUCAACAUCAUCAUCAAUGUCGCAGCUCCUCCCCGUUAUCUGGUAAAAUAUUUUCGGAAAAAUCAAAAGAUCAUAUCUUUUUGUUUUUUUCUGCUGGUAGAGAGACGAAACCCUAGAAACAAUGAGUCCCACGGCGGCAGACGCCGAUCCCAGCCAGAUUAAACGUGCUCUGAUUGAUGCUUCGGCUGGAGCCAUCUCCGGUGGUGUUUCCCGCACUGUUACUUCUCCUCUUGAUGUCAUUAAGAUUAGAUUUCAGGUUCAGCUUGAACCGACGAGUUCAUGGUCUGUGGUGCGGGGAAACUUGGCAGGAGCAUCUAAGUAUACAGGGAUGUUUCAGGCAACUAAAGACAUUUUUAGAGAAGAAGGUUUUCGGGGUUUUUGGCGUGGUAAUGUGCCAGCUUUGCUUAUGGUCAUGCCAUAUACUUCAAUUCAGUUUACAGUACUGCAUAAGUUGAAAUCUUUUGCAUCUGGUUCUACUAAAUCAGAGGAUCAUAUACAUUUGAGCCCUUAUCUAUCCUUCGUCAGUGGAGCUUUAGCAGGAUGUGCUGCUACAUUAGGAUCUUAUCCGUUCGAUCUUCUAAGGACAAUAUUGGCCUCACAAGGGGAGCCUAAGGUGUAUCCAACAAUGAGGUCUGCAUUUUUCGAUAUUAUCAAAUCUCGGGGCAUUAAAGGAUUGUAUAAUGGAUUAACACCAACACUUGUUGAAAUCGUGCCUUACGCUGGCCUGCAAUUUGGGACUUAUGAUAUGUUUAAGCGUUGGAUGAUGGACUGGAACCGAUACGUGUUAUCCUCCAAAAACCCUAUCAACGUAGACACCAACCUUUCUAGUUUCCAGCUUUUUGUUUGUGGGCUUGGUGCUGGCACUAGCGCCAAACUCGUCUGCCAUCCUCUUGAUGUGGUUAAAAAGCGCUUCCAGAUUGAAGGUUUGCAGAGACAUCCAAGAUAUGGAGCCAGAGUGGAGCGACGUGCAUACAGAAACAUGUUAGAUGGUCUCAAACAGAUUCUGAUGUCUGAAGGGUGGCACGGUCUGUACAAAGGCAUUGUACCUUCCACUGUGAAAGCUGCUCCUGCUGGUGCCGUUACCUUCGUGGCUUAUGAGUUCACCUCUGACUGGUUGGAAUCAAUUUCUUGGUAGAGAGGUUCCUCUUUUUCACAUUUAUAUCUUUUCUGUUGCUAGCAUUUAUUAUAGGCUACCCUAUUGACGGGUGUACUAAGCACAUAUCAUAUGAUCAAUUGAUUACUAUGGGAAUUAUACAAAGUAAAACACCAAAGUGUUGUUGGCAAUUUUGGAAGUUUCUAACAAUGUGGCUGAUUCUGGGAAGUGAGAUUAUAAAGCUGUGUAGUGAAUCCAAUAUAUCAUGUUCCAGCAAAUAUUGUGUAAAAUAGGAAAAAUAACUAUGAAACUUGUAAUUCCAAAAAUCUAUGCCAAAAAUGUGGAUAUUACAUAGACAUGCAAUAAGGUGCACUACACAUUUGCUGUUAAAUAAAGUUUACUGCAAUUUAAGAAAGAGAUUAUGUGCUGGUUGUUCUCUGUUUGCUUGGUCUCACAACACCUUCACACUCCCAAAACCCAACGACUAGAGGAACAAAAACCAAAAUGUUGGGCAAAAUCAGCUAAACCAUAACUACAAUGUGUCCUUAGCCCUGUCUCUCUGUCUAUCCUUAAGACCCAGCUUUGCAGGUCUUCUUGUUGUGUCCUAACCCUUUGCAGUUGCUACACUGAAGUUGACGCUUGAUCAUGUCUAUCGGUUCCACCUGCUUACUCUUUGGUCUCCCUACUGUCCUCCUUGUGGGCGGAGGCGUCACUGAAACAACCCCUUCAAUGGGCUGUUCCUCCGCCAUCGUCUUUCCGUUAGGGACAGGGUAAAUAGACUCAGCAUACAUCAACCGGUAACUCUCUGAGGUCAAGUAUCUAGAGCAAUACUCAUAAGAGCUUUUCUCUAUGCAUUCAAUCACUGCAACCGCGUGGCUGCACGGUAAACCAGUUAAUCUCCACAUCUUACAGUCACAAUCACACUGAUUGAUAUCAACUAUGUUGAUGGAUUCAUCACCACGAACCUCGAAUAAGCUAUCAUGUGGCCGUGACACCUGAAGUGACCUUGCAAGUUCUAUCUCUUUCUGUAGCUUCUCCUCAUUACUAGGUGUUAGCACUGUACCAACCCAUUCCCUGGAUUGUACCUGACGGGUAUAGAUUGUCUGCAUCAACUUUGCUCUGAGUUCAUCUAUCAUUUGAGUAAUAGGCAACUCAUGUGCUUCAGAAACCCAGCUGUAGAAAUCUAAACCAAAAGUGGAGUUCAU